AUGUGUAGAAGUUGUCUUUGGUCUGGAGUUGGGAAGGUAACUAGGAAAGCUCUAAUAGCAUGGGAAAGAGUUUGUAGGCCAAAAAAUGAAGGUGGUAUGGGGCUGAUAAACAUGCAACUAUGGAAUAGAGCUGCAAUAGCCAAACUUUGUUGGGAUUUGGCAAACAAGGAAGACAAACUGUGGAUCAAAUGGAUACAUGUAUAUUACAUGAGAGGGCAGAAUGAUUGGCAGAAGAGAGAGCAGGCUAGUUGGAUGAUCAGGAAGAUAAUGCAGGCUAAACAAAUAGUUGAUCAAGUUCACAUAAAAGAUGGAAAAGGAAUGGUUAAACAAAUCUAUGAUUACUUGAGAGGGGAACAACCUAAACCUGUGUGGAAAUGUCUAACGUUCAAGAAUACAGCAAGGCCAAAAGUUAUCUUUAUUCUAUGGAUACUGAUGUAUAGAAAGUUAGCAACAGUUGAUAGGCUUGCUAAAUGGAGGUUAACACAUGAUACAACUUGUGUACUGUGUACAAAUAUGGAUGAAAGUCUGGACCACAUGUUCUUACAGUGUCACUAUGUAGAGGAAGUAUGGGAAAGAGUAUUAGCAUGGGCUGGUUUCCACAACAACAGAGCAAAGACAUGGACACAGUUUGUGCAUUGGUGUAUACAACAUGGGAAAUGGAAGUCUACAAGAGCUCAAUUAUUCAAGAUGAUCUUAGCUGAAGUUGUGAAUGCUGUUUGGAAUGAGGAAACACGAGAAUUUUUGAAGACAAGAAGAGUUUGA